GCUCCAGUUCGGUGAUCAGCGCCUGGCGGAGGGUGUCCAAUUCAGGACGCGGAGGGUGGCGGGGCAGAUGGAAGGCGCCGCCUGAAGCCAAGGGAAGGACGGGCCGGGAGCUGGGCUGCGGGAGGAGACGCCGCCACUUUGCCCGCGCCGCCCCACAACCCGCGGCGGGAGAAGCAGGCGGCAGGCGGCCCCCAACGCGCGUCUGGCAGAGCGCGGCAGGCAGCGCCGACCCCCGGGAUGCUGCCCAUGCUUCCCAUGCUGCUGCGGCCACAGCCAGCAUAGCAGAGUCCGAGCCGGCGGCCGAGAGAGGCUGAACAAAGCUGGGUCCCAGUCGCGCUUCCUGCUUGUCAGCCUCUUUCCUCCCCAAUUCAUAUGCUUUCCACUUGAUGUCAUCACGCAGACAAGGGUGAAAGGGACGCGCGACAGAUCCAGAUAUUAGCACAUGCAUGAAUGCUAGAUGCCUGCGAGCUUGCUGCUCUCCUUGAGAAGACUGGUACAGAGUGGUGACCUUUGAGAAACAGCUUUUUGAUCUCUUGCCGGCCCUACCCUUCGGCUCUUGGUCCACGAUGGAGACGCUCUCCCAGGAUUCCCUGCUGGAAUGUCAGAUCUGUUUUAAUUAUUACAGCCCGCGACGAAGGCCCAAGUUGUUGGAUUGCAAGCACACCUGCUGCUCGGUGUGUCUCCAGCAGAUGAGGACCAGCCAGAAAGAUGUAAGGUGCCCUUGGUGCCGUGGCAUCACCAAGUUACCCCCAGGCUUCUCUGUAUCACAGCUGCCCGAUGACCCCGAGGUCCUGGCCGUCAUCGCUAUACCGCACACUUCUGAGCACACCCCAGUCUUCAUCAAACUUCCAAGCAAUGGGUGCUACAUGCUGCCCCUGCCCAUCUCUAAGGAGCGUACGCUCCUGCCAGGAGACAUGGGCUGCCGUCUGCUGCCAGGGAGCCAGCAGAAGUCCCUCACUGUGGUGACCAUCCCUGCAGAACAGCAGCCUCUUCAGAGUGGAGCUCCCCAAGAGGCCGUGGAGGAGGAGCCUGACAGGCGGGGUGUGGUGAAGAGUUCCACGUGGUCUGGCGUGUGCACUGUCAUCUUGGUGGCCUGUGUCUUGGUCUUCCUCCUGGGCAUUGUGCUACACAACAUGUCUUGCAUCUCCAAGCGCUUCACUGUGAUAUCCUGUGGUUGAAGCCUGUCACAGGGAUGCCUCUUGUGGGUACCAACUUAAGGGAUGAGCAGGUGUUGGUGAUGGGAUCCCUGUGAUGAGAUGGGGGUUACACUGACCAUUUGGUGCAAGCGGUGGCCUUUGAUUGGCCACUUGAUCCACAUGCAGACAAGAGCAGAGGAUGAGGUCUCAGCGAGAUCCCAGGAGAACUGUUUGGAGAUGGUGAUAGCUGUGAUGAUGCGUGCAUGCUUCCUCAUUCGUGUAUUCGAUGGGCUGUAACUUAUGAUUUUCCAAAAUUAUUUCCCCAAGUUAGGCUAUUCUACUUAGACAUGGAACUGUACCUGUGGGUGUGAUGAGCUCUCUCAAUACGGUAGAUGGUAGGCUAAAUCAGAUGCUGUGUGUGCAAAUAGAAUUAAACCUCAAAUUCAUAUUAAAAGAAAAACAGUCUAGUGAAGACACAGAGCUGGUGUGCAAGUGUGUGUGUGUCUGCAGCCUGGUCUUCGCAACAUUUUGAUAAAUUUUGAAUGGAACCCAAAUCAAAAUAUCCAAAACAGACGUUUUGGUUGUUUGAAGAAAGUGUUUGAACACGUGUCUCCAGCGUGUUGGAUAUUGUCAUGUUCCUUCAUUUCUCUUCCUUUGUGACUGAGCUUGCUCUGUGUUUGCGGAGCUGGAAGCCUAAUGGGUGAGUGGCGGACUGGGAAAGAAGGGAAAAUGCCUAAUUCCCCAGGAAACCUUUCUGCCAAUUUUUCUCAAGCCAUCUCACAAAAUAAGAAUUUAAAAUGUAAAUAUUGUGAAUCUGUGUGUGUAUUUUGUGUGUACAAAUUGAUUUACCUCAGAUGUUUGAGUUUUUCCUGAAGAAUCCUUGGGGGAAGACUGUGGGCAGUAUAAGCCACGUUUCUGAAACACUGGCCUCCUCGCCAGUGCCUGAAUCUUCUCCUUCGAGAGUCUGCCACACAUCCCCUGCAGCAUCCACUGGCUGCUGUGCUGUGUGAGAUCCUGCCAGGACGACAUGGGUGGGGAUUGUCAGGAGAACUCGUCAUUUCCCCCAGUUUGGAGAUUUUUGUGUGAAAUCCCCAAGUGUUGCUAAUUAAUGACACACCUAGAUGGGCAUUUUCAUAGACCGUCCUUGGUGGUCAUUUUUUAAGAUGUUCCUGUAAGAGUUAACCUGUUUAGAAUUGCAAUUUCAUCUUGUUGGAAUCAGCAAGAAAUUGUUCUGUGUUUCAAAGCGUCUCUACUGACAGAAGCGGCAUGACGAAGAAAAGCUCGCGUUCCCUAUGUAAGCGGACAGGUUUCUCGUGAGUGUGCAACCGUCUUGAAAUGUGAAAUCGUGAGGAAAGACUAGUUUGACUGAAAGGGUCAGUCUCUGUCCCUGGCUGUGUGUGUAUACAGAAAGAGCUGUGGGCUCUACAGUCCUCUUGGAAUGCCUUUUCUGGAACUAGGAAGCUAUCGGUAUUGUCAAAGAAGCUUUGCUGCUCUUUGAAAUCCCUGAAAUGGUGGGAAGGAUGGGAAAAGCAAUGGAAAGGUAAGCAUUGACCGGAGGCCUCUAAAAAGCAAAAUCAGGAACCAUCUGUAAGAUGGAGGCAGCGUAUUUGCAUGCUAGCCUUCGUCUCCAAACAGUACAAAGAUGUGUACUAAAGUGAUGGUGUUGCUAUGGGGAAACCCAAAAGAGUAAUAGCUAGAAUGCAAAGCUAGCAAUUGGCGUGAACGUUCAACAUCAAAUUACGAGUUCUGUUUUUUUUAAAUCCUUCAUAUUUGUAAGACCUUUAAAAAAUGUAUUUGAGGGCUCAAACUAGAAAUUAGGUUAAAAUCCCAUUUUAUUGUGUAAGCUAUUGGGCAUUAUACAACAAAUAAUCUAGGAUUUAUUUGGUAUUAAUAAUUUAGGUAUCAUAUUAUCUGAAUACUGUCCUCUAUUAUGUAACAUAAUAUACUGUUGGGGUAGUGUCAGUUGCUCAAACUCCCAGGUUGCUGUAAUGCAUGCCUGACCUAAUUUUGAUUUCUCUUGGACAGGGAAAACACACAUAGACAGAAAUGUUGCAUUAAGGAUGUUACGUUUCCAAAGAAUUUUAACCCUUGCAAUUUUAAGACAAACCAUAUUUAAAUUAAUUUGUGAGAGAUAUCUGCAUACCUUUCUACAGUAGAAAAUGACUGAUCCCUAGUGCAGUGUGUGAUAGGGUUCUAGCUGUUUAGGAGGCUAUUUAUAGAAUAAUGUGUGUGCAUAUGGUGUUCUGUGUUUUCACAGCAAAGCGGUAUAGUAAAAAGUCAAUUUUACUUAAAAACAGCCCACACUAGAUACUAGAGCUUCAAUGAAACAAAAUCAGUUGCUCCUUGGUAGAUUUUUGACCUCCAGCCUAGCAGUAACAGCCAAGUGAGGCAAGUGAGGGCUUGUGGAUGUGUGCUUCUAAGAAACAUUAUUGAAAACUGUUGAAAUGGAUUCUGCCUAGAGUUUGCAUAUGUGCUUAUUAGGAGGUGUGUGUGUGUGUGUGUGUGUGUGUGUGUGUGUGUGUGUGUCAGAGGAGAGAGAGAGAGAGAGAGAGAGAGAGAGAGAGAGAGAGAGAGAGAGAGAGAGAGAGAGAGAAGCCUGACAGUUUCUGUAUACUUGAGGUCUCAGCUUCUUCUGGAAUUUAACCACAUCAUUAAAAACCUAUCUACCCCAUGUGACACAAGCAACCAGGACUUAGAGUCACAUGUCAGUGGCAAGAACAGAAGUUACAGCUGAAAGGAGCUUCCAGUGACUUCAUCUUGUAGAUGAGCUCAUGGCAGAGAGGGGUGGGAGUGGACAUGAGUGUGCAGGUUGUAAUUCUGCAGCUAGAGGAUGAGACCUGUGCGCUGCUGUGCCCUGCUAUCUGUCCCUAGGCACGUCAGCUUCUCCGUCAGGCUAUGAUUCUUCACAGGGUCUGUGAAUACCCUUUGUUUUGUCAGUUAGUGCUUUAAGGGUUGUUUAGAGAUUAAUUUCUCUUUAGGUAGUUUCCUCUCUGGGAAGAAAAGGAGGGUUGAUUUAGGGAUGAAUCUGAAUAUUGAAAGAAAACUUCUGAACUGUGUGAUUUGAAUAUUUAGAAAUGUAAAACAUUGGCCAGGACCCUAUCCUCAUAUGUCAAGGACAAUGAAUGUUGUGUAAAUAGUAACUUAUAAGAAGCAUGAAUUUCCUCUUUAGUAAUGAUCUUGACAUUUGCAAGAGAAUGCUUACUACCUUAAGUAGAGCCAAGUAUGCCACCUCAUAUGUUGUCUUUAGAAAAUCUUUGUAUAAUGACAUGGGAUAUAAAUUGUAAUGACAAGGGCAAAUUGUCUCUGAGUUUCAAUUUAAGGUAUCUUCUUUAGAUAUAUAAUUAGAGUUCACCCCUUGCAUGACUCACAGAGUGGGCCUCUUGGAGUGGCAGCUGGGUGUUGCUACAGCUCCUGGACUUUUCUAGGUCCGUGCUGUUGGACAGAGGAAAUUGCUCUGUAAUCUGUGUACUAGUCCCAUGGCUGUUGGGAAACCGAGUGGCAAUGACUGAAGAAGUGGCAUUUAAAUGGUAUUUAAUUUUAAGUAACUUAAAAUUAAGCAUUCCUGUAUGGUUGUGGCUACCACAUUGACCAUGAUGACAUCCAAAGGCUUUCAAAGUAGCAGCAAAACCAAGAGAGAGUACAGUUUCUGAAGGAAAUUCCUUUGCAAGUUUAGAGAAAUUUAUGAGCUCUGGGGGCUGAGCGAGAUAAUAAAAUCUCACCCAUUGUCCUUUGGGAUUAUUAUUUAGAUACUUAGGACCAAGGAAUGAGCAGUGAAGCUUAAAUCGGGCUUUUUGAAGCCCCUUUUCUGGGACCAUUAGUUGCAUGUGACUCUGCUGCCCAAAGUUCCUAAUAGAUCAUAGCUGUAACAUUUUUGACUUGCAAGUUGUGCAUGACCUGUGCUCUGAAACUGUGUUUAGGAUCUUGUGGCCAAAAAGAGUCAAUGUUACAGAAAAUCAAAUAAAUAAGAGUCUGAUGAAAUCCCUGUUCCCUUCUGAUCUCUUUCCCGACUUCAUCACCAUAUCAGUGAGGUGGGAAAUCCAAGAGCAAGCAUGCUUUAUAGCGUUCAGGGUGUUUGUGAUUGUCCUUGAAGUCAGCCAGUUUGUCAUUGUAUUUGGUGUGGCCAUAUGUGGGUGUAAUUUUCUGGAUGCCAGGCUAAAAUGGAGGCACUAUUUUUAGACUGAGAUGUGACAUUGUUUCAGUGUCUCUCUUUUUAUAUUUAGUUGUCAUUAGAAGGUUUGAAACUUUGCACAAAGGCACUUUUACGUUUUUCAUAGUUAAAAAGGAAAACAAACAUGGCCCAGUGGAAUUUAGAAACUAGAAGGUUGCUACAGCUACUCUGUGGAAUUGCUUUUAAGUGAGUAAGGGGAGCAGAAAAUUGAGCUUGAGAUACAUUACAUGCUUCUGUAUAAAGAUCAGACUGUGGCUGGUAGGCUAGCCUUUAUUCAUGCUUAGAUUUGACUUAAAGUGUUCCCAUGCCUUCAUCUGAAAAUCUAUGUUGUGUCGAAAUUGUUCUCCCAAUGUAUGAAACCAAGUGUGUUUGCUUCAGUGGAGCAGGCUUGGGCUGGGUUUCUAGUGCUGCAGCAUUUAGUAGGGAAGACGACCCCUUGGAGCUCAUCUUUUUGUAUCUAAUGUUGGCCAAAUGGUAUUUUCUUAAGUCUGUUGGAAAUUAGGAGGGCAGGGGGUAUCCGUACACUAUGGGUUAUACCCACACAACUACAGUGCUCUGUCCGAAAAGAAUGAUGCUGUGGACCAGGCAGCAUUUUAUAACUACACCAGGUUUCCAGCUCACACUCUGAACCUUCAUGAAGAUGUUGCUUCUUGACAUCUCCACCACACUCAGUGAAACAUGCAUGGCGAUCCUCACCCAGACAGAAGCUACAGGCUACAAUGAGACACACGGGGUACUUUACUCAAGGUGUUUAUUUGAAGCAGAUAGUUGCUGGAUCUUUUUCAACCUAAAACUCUUGAAAAAUAAGUGGAAAUUCAAGCCAUUUUUUUCUGACACAACUGACUUACUAUACCCUACCAUAUACCCAUACACACAUACACACACACACACACACACACACACUUUAGCUAUAAUUGGAAGUAAAAAUAAAGUAGAGAAGAUUAUCAAUACUAUUUUUUCAUUCAUGGAUCACAAAAUACUGAAUUUAUAUGUUAAUUUUUAAACAGCUGCUAUGAUCUCCAUAUACUGUGUCAAACCAACUGUCUUGGGGAGUGUCUUAAGACUGCUCCAUAUGUACAGAGAGGGGUAAUCCCACAGUAUCAUUGGAAAGCCAAUUAUGACUGAGGCGCUGAGCAGAUGAGGCAUUUAAUCUUUUAAUUCUGACUUGUAAAAAGCUUGUCUUUUUUCUUUUUUAGUCCCUGUUAUGUGUCAAGAUUGUAAACCACUAUCCCCGAACUCUUCCAGUGUGACUCAGUUUCUCUGCAUGCUUCCUUGCUUGCUCUGCAUGGUCUUUUGGUUUUUUUUCCGUACUCACUGCCUGGUGUGUCCCCAUGUGUGGCUCUCACCCUGUAGUGGUGCUUGAAAAAUGCUGAUUUCAUUAUCUGGAUUUUAAUGUAAGAAAGUGUUGGGUUUUUUAAUAUUCAUGUUAUGUUUUCAGGGACAAUCAGUUAUUAGGACAUCACUGAGGCCUCCUGAGAGCCCCACCAGCAGGGCUAUCCCUUUGUUCUUUACAGUCACAGCCUGCGUCUUUCCUAGAUCACUGGGGAGGGCUGCAGCCCACAGGACAGUCUCCUAUAAUCUUCCUGGCCAGCUAUUCACUGUGUUAUUCUAACAGGAGCUUUCUAAUGGGACUGGUCAGUCUUUAAUUUAGACAUUUGCUUUUUGAUAAUCCAGUAGAAAAUGGUUAGAUAUGUCGGUGGUAAGAAAUGUGGAGUAGAAAGAGAAAAAAAACAGAUGCGACAAAUAAGUUCAGGGGACAAAUUGGUGUCUAUGAACUGCGAGAGAAGGCGGAGGCUAUUGUCAUAUGAGUGUCUAGGUGGGCUCAAGCACAGCCCACUGCCAAGGAGCCCCUCCCGAGGACAGGCAGAUGUGCCUGGAAAAGGAGAUACUGUUUUUUAAAAAGAGAGAAAUUUAUAAUGAGAUUAUGGCUUCAGAAGAAGACUUGGCACUGUAUGUCAGCCAUGGUAGAAGCAAGCUGAAGACGGUUACCUGGGUUGACGUCAUCAAGCCCGACCGUUACCUCGUGGAGCACCAAAUUCAGCUCAGGACAAAGGGAAAGGGCCUGACUAAGGGGUUCCCAAAGAGUGUGCUUCCUUUCUGUCAUCCUCUCCGAUGCUUCUGAGUUAUCAGGGCUGUAGAAAAUUCCAGAGCCUGCUGUGAGCCCCGGUCAUUCCGGGGAGCCUCGUACCCUCUUUAUUGUGGAAACUCCUGGUUCGCCGAGGCUGCUGUGACUUGAGUACUACUGUGGGCACAGAAGUUGAAGAAUGUGGUGCUUCUAUUCUGGCUGCCGUCGUUCAUUAUAGCCAUGAGUUUCACCAUUGUUUGUGUGUCCUCGCUUGAUGGUUAGAGCUGUGGAAAUUGCUUUCAGCUUGGCAGGUUGGCCUCCAACUCCCAACAGAAGGUAAAUGUAUAGCCACUAUCUUGUCUCCAUUCUUUAAGCUCCACACGUGGGCUUCCUAGUCUGGGAUAACUGCGGUCAAAUGAUGAGGUCGGAGUUGGUCUGCGGCUGUGAGUUUCGGCUCCUGACAUGUUUCCUCUAUAAUCAUGGAGACUAUUUAUCCGGGGAGCUUUUCUUUUAAAGGGCCAAAUUGCCCUACAGAUAAAUGAGCUGCAGGGCAGUGUAGAAAUUCUUGUCCAAAUGUUGCCAAAUACUGACUUCAUAAGGGGAUAUCAAGCUGCUGUUUAUUAAUCUGAAUGUCUUAAAAAGCAUUCCUGCUUGCUCUCUCUGUUAUAGAUGGUGUCUCAGCCAGUCUCGAGUUUUUCCAAUGAACUGAUUUUAAUAUAUGGUAUUUUUGUAUGCCAAACUGGUGUCUUGUCCUUUGUAUAUGUGGUAAUGUUCAUUUUACGACUACUGUUAAAACACAUUUGCUAUGAUUAAAA